AAACGGAAUCGCCAGGCUGGCCCUAUCUGUUGCUCAUCAUGCACUCGCCCAUUCGCCUGCGGGCCGCUUCGAACACAUUCAAGUUCGCGCCGAAGGGCAUGGCGGCAGAAACCUGGCAGCGCUGCAUCACCUUCGCUUGUUCUCUGUUUACAGCCGGUUGAUUCGAAAGACAAGUGGACGUCAAAUUUUGCUUGCCGUGUCAAUUUUAUUUCAAUCCUGAAAAUGGCAGCUCGUGGAACGAAACGGCCCUCUCUCGCUGAUGAUAAUUCCUCCAGCAACGCAUCGCCAAAAAAGAAGUCACGCCAGGAAUGCAAAUUUGGCAUAAAGUGUUACAGGAAAAAUCCUGCGCACUUUGAAGAAUUUGAGCAUGCACACUUGACUGAUAUUCUCCCUAAAUGGAAAGAUGAAAGCUCUCUUCCAUCUGGUGUAGAUCCAGAGAUUCGAAAAAAUCCUGUAGUCUUGGAUCAGCUAAAAAUUGUCAAGAAGCUUGGCAACUCAAAGUUAAAAGUUGACUCUCCGAAGCCCACCACGAGUACUGCAGUUGCAUCUCCAAAACCAAGCACAGCUCCAACUUCAAAGGCAGAAGGAGAAACAAAGGCACCGAUUAAUGCAAACUCUGAAAAAAUGGCUAAGAUGAUGAAAGAAGCCACCAAGCACCAUGGCGAUGUCCAAGCAAAGCUUGACGCCGCUGCUCCAUAUAAUUUUUUUUUAACGUCUAUCACUGACUCACCACAGACCCACAGUGAACCCUUGACAAUAACAUUCACAGAAUUACUGGACAAAAGUCUUGGUGAGCUGGAGUCAUCUUUACAAAUUAAUUUUAUGGUUGAACUGGGAUGGUUACUUGCUCAGUACUUUUACACUGGAAAUAGAUUUAAACCACUAACACUGUUGUAUGGAGUCGAAGAUGAAGACCUAAAAGUUGGGGCAAAUUUGCCAAGCAACGUAACUGCUGUCAAAGUUAGACCACCCACUGCAUUUGGCCAUCACCACACAAAGAUGUCUGUCUUGGCAUAUAAAGAUAACAGCAUCAGGGUAAUUGUGUCAACAGCGAACCUUGUUGAAUCUGAUUGGGAAAACCGCACACAAGGGCUUUGGAUAAGUCCAAAAUUACCACAAUUACCUCCUGAUGCAGACACCAUGUCUGGAGAUUCACCUACCCAAUUCAAGGGGGAUCUAGUUCGCUAUCUCAGUGCAUAUCGGCUGCCUCAGCUUCAAGAGUGGCUUGGUAAAAUUCGGAGAGCUGAUUUUUCAUCUGUGAGAGUUUGUCUAGUUGCCUCAGUACCUGGCACACAUUAUGGGCCAGAUUCUACAUUGUGGGGACACCGCCGUGUUUGCCAAUUGCUCAAAGAACAUGUUUCUGAUCCCAAGAUUACUCAGUCCCCAUGGAGUAAAUGGCCUGUGAUAGGCCAGUUUUCUUCAAUCGGCUCUUUAGGACCAGAUCCUAAUGCUUGGGUCUGUAGUGAACUGAGAGCAAGUUUUAGUGCUCCUUCAAAACCAAUGGACCAUCCAUCUAUUAAAUUAAUAUACCCCAGUUUGGAUAAUGUGAAGGGAAGCCAUGAUGGUUUGCUUGGAGGAGGAUGUUUGCCCUACCAGAAAAAAACCCAUGAGAAACAACAAUGGCUCACAUCUUAUUUACACCAAUGGCAAAGUAAUGCACGUUUUCGAAGUCGAGCUAUGCCUCACAUCAAAACCUAUUUAAGAGUGUCUCCUUGUCACUCUUUCUUACCCUGGUUCCUGCUAACAUCAGCAAACCUAUCUAAAGCUGCCUGGGGCUCUGAAACAAAAACAAAACUUCCUGGGCCUGGCUUGCGAAUUUUGUCCUAUGAAGCUGGAGUGCUAUUCCUUCCAAAAUUCAUUGUGGAUGAUAAUGUGUUUAACUUGGAAGGUGGUAAUUCGUCCUCAGUGUCAACAGGAACAGGAAAGAGGCAAGACUACCCUCCGUUUCCAUUGCAUUAUGACUUACCUUUAAAAACUUAUAAAGCUGGGGACUCCCCCUUCUUUUAUGAUAUUUUUAAUGAAUAAUCUCCAGUGUUUCUUGAACUCCCAAGAACAUUUUGAGUGGAUCCGAAUCAAUGUCUCAUGCUUAGUUGAGCCAUUAUGAUUUCUCCUUGUUAUAUCCUUCCAUAUUUUAUAAUUGAUCAACUUAAAUUUUCCUUGUGGAACUUAGUUCAUGAAUGAAAUUUGUUUGUUUUCAUUUUAAACUCUGGAUUCAAUGUCAAUCAAUUUGUGCAUGCUCAUGCCAUACUGAGUUACAAUGUUCAAUCUGUGAUAUUAUUGUGUAUUUAGCCACUUGCUUGAGCAUCUUUUAAGCCAUUAGUGUAAUCAGUCAGUAUAAAUUUUUAAAAAUUCUGAAGGAAAGUCAGAUGUUUUUUAUUACUUUAUUCUGGGACAAAAAUAAAUAAAUAAAUAAAUAAAUAAUAAAUAAAUAAAUA